GUUCCCGGCGGGAAGGGGGAAGCCCGUCCUUGCGGAGCUUGUGCCUCCCUCUCCCCCCACGCCCUCGCUCCCUCCCUCUUCCAGUAAGAGCUCUAAUGACAGGCGGCCUUCAAAGAGUGAAGAUUCACCCCUUCCUGUUGAAGCAACUGACAGAACUCUAAGAGGCUUUGGCAAGAAGCCCGCUGGACUAGUCGGGAUGGAUGCUAUUCUGAACUGCAGAGCGGAUGACUUGGAAGAUUACUACAACUUGCUCGGAUGUGAUGAACUCUCUACGGUGGAACAAAUUCUUGCAGAAUUUAAGAUUAAAGCCCUUGAAUGUCAUCCUGACAAACAUCCUGGAAACCCUAAAGCAGUGGAGAAUUUCCAGAAGCUGCAGCAAGCUAAGGAGAUCCUUACUAAUGAAGAGAGUCGGGCACGUUACGAUUACUGGCGACGAAGCAAAAUUACCAUUCCGUUCCAGCAGUGGGAGGCCCUGAGCAAUUCUGUGAAAACGUCAAUGCACUGGGCUGUCCAAAGUAAGAAGGACCAAAUGCUGGAAGCUCCUGACUUGAAUAAUAGCAACAACAAAACUAAUGAGAUUUGGACCCAACAUACUGAAAGCAAUGAAGAUGGGUUGUCAGAUGGGAACAGGGAGCAAGAAGAUGUUGCAAUUCCUGAUGUGAAACCACAGUCUUCAAAGAAUCCAGACUCCCCAAGAUUUUCAGAGGCAAAUUACUGGCACUUGCGUUUCCGCUGGUCAGGGGAUGCUCCAUCAGAUCUUCUGAGGAAAUUCAGAAACUAUGAGAUCUAAAAUGCAAAAUAGGCAAGAGCGUGAGAUCAUCUGUUCUACAGUUCAGUAUUCUUUUUGUCAGCAGUUAUAAGUUAUUUGGGUUUUUGUAUUCAUUCAUUGUGAUGUGAAUGUUGUUUGAAUAAAUGUCUUAGUACUGAUUUGUUAGCGCACGUGCUAUGAGCAUUACAGAUGGAGGUCUUUUUGUUUAAUAAGCGAACUUUAAUAAGUAAAGCCCUUUUCAGUAUUAACAUAAAAUGAUUUUGUGAAGUUAUCUAACAUCUUAUGUAUUGUUUCUUGUAUUCUUAAAUAUUCUGUAGUGAAUAAUAUUUUUUGCAAUAUUGUGAUGUUAUAAAGAAUGUACUCUCGGUAGAACCAGAAGUCAAUGUUAGACUCCAGCAUAUCAUCCUAUUCAGUGAUGAUCUUCCAAAAGCUAUAUGGCAAUGACCUUUAAACAGAACUGUGCUUAUUUCUAAAUUAUGUACUGUGUCUCACUUCUCCAUUGCAUUGUACGUACUGUAGUCAUUUAUAACGCACGCAUGCACAAUACUAUUACAAACUUAACUUGUUGGAGAAUUGUGAUCUUAUGAUAUAGAUGAAAUAAGAACCUUCUUAUUAUCCAAGAAGGUCACUGUGAUAGAUCAAGCACUCUUAAAAAUCACUUGUUUUCUGUCUUAACAACUACACUUUUUGCACCAGCUAUUUAUUUUGGAAGGCAGUUCCAGAACUUCACUUCUCCAGUUAGCAGCUUUCUUCUUAAGAUUUCCUGGUAGACAACUGAUACCCCUUGUAUGUGUCCCAGCAUUGUCCUGUGGUUUCAUAGUAAUUUCCCUCCCUGCUCUGGCCUGGUAGACAGGGUCUUAUUGGAGUUUUUUACAAUGAGUAAUGAAGAAUCAGGUCAGUCAGCAUUAAUGUGUACAAAAUCUCACAUGAAAGGUUUUUGGUACUUUGGGCAACUUUGCAAAUUGUGCUUAUUUAUUUUGUAUUUGCUUUCUUCUUUGUAAACCUGGCUGAUGUGUCACAUGUAUUUUUGUGCAGGCAAGUAAUUCCAUCAGCAACAAAUAAAACUGCAUGCAUGCAGAAAGGGGUUGUUUUCAUUUUUUAAAAUGAAACGCUCUACCCACCACAGAGAUCCAUUUUGAAUUUCUUGCUACUUGUCCCCUCAGGGGGUAAAAGCUUGAGAGAGUCCAGUUAUGAAUCCUGGGCGUCUCUGUGGAAAGUCAGAUCUGGAAACAAGAGUCUUCUCCCAACAUGGGAAUGAUAUUAUGAUGUCUGUCUCCCCCUGGAGUGACACGUUUGGCUGUACUGUGCAGGGGUGUGAUGUGCUGACUGACCUACUGUGCUUCUCCUCUUUCGUGCCCGUUUGCUACAGUUUAUAACACAACUGCCCGUCAAUGGAUCCCUUAUCGCAUACAUAUCUUAUUAACCUCAUUCAUAUAUUUAUUCUGGUGUAGUUUUCUUUACAGGGGCUGACACCAGUGCUAACACUGGUUGUGUUUGUACCAGUUUAUAAAAGCUCCAAGUACUGGUGUUCUGCUGAUACAGCCACACUGAUCUUAGGUUUGAUGGCAUCAGUAGCAAUAGCUAUUUUUACAGCACAUCAUCCUGCUUAUCCAAAAUCUUUUUUUUUCUUUAUCCUACAUGCUUUGCCCUUGCAUAUUUUGUAGAUGAAAAUAUUAUAGAGAUGAAAUUA